UUUACUUCUCUCUGUGUCUCUCAAGUGGACUUCAGGACUUGGACCAAGAUAGAAGGCCAUGACAAGACAGAGGCCCAACAAGAACAUGACUGUUCCUCAGAGCCUCAAAAUGUCUCUGAUAAGACUUCCCGGCUGAAAGCUGAUUCCCUGGAAGGAACAUCCAAGAAUCUCAGCCUCAAAGAGGCUUUAGAGCUCCUCAGGCCGGACUUCAUCAGCCACUCUCAAGGUCGGGUGAGGAGGUUGGAGCAGAGGGUAAGGAGAAGGAGAUACAUGCAGGAUUCCAAUCCAGAUCUUGUGCGGGGCCUCAGGGAGGAUCGAGGCAAACAAAAGAGGAACUGCACCACACCGGAUCCUCACAGUGAUAACCUUUUCAAGCCUGGAGAGAGGACUAUAUCAGGCAAAGAGAUGCAGCUGAGGUCCAGGCGGAUUUACAACCAGCUGCCAGAGGCGACAAAGAAAAAAGAGGAGGAGAAAAAGAGGGCUGUAUCACAAGCCAACAGAUUGCGAGCAGACGUUUUUAAAAAGAGACUUCUGGAGCAGAUCCUGCAAAGAUAAAUGGGAGACACGGAAAGGCCAACAGGGUUAUAACACUGGCCAUUCUUCACUUUUCUCCAUGUGUGCAUAUGUAUUCAUUUUAUUCCAUUCCAUGUCCAUUCGGCAUGUUUCUGUGCUCAUUGUAUCCUGACUGAUUUACAACAGAAAGGAACAUUAUAUUUGGCAGAGUGACAGGAACAUAUGUUUUGGAGUAGUUUUGUCACCAGCUUUUGACUUAAUUGUGAUACAUUUGUAUAUAUCUGUUUAUACCACAAUGGCUAAAUAUGGAGACAUAUGAAUUUUGUGGACCAAAAUGAAACUGUGAAAGUAUUCAAUGAAAAUUGUACAUGAUGCAUAUGCUUACAAGUGCUGUUUUGGGCAGAUAUUGACGAAG